AUGGCGGUCUUCGCUCCGCGGAUGGGCGGUGCUUCCUGGUCCGCCCUGCUGACAGGGUCGCGGUGCCGGUCUCGGCUCGCGGAGGUGAUGGCGGCUUCGGGUGAUGCCGGCGAGGCCGGAGCGGGGUCAGGAUCUGAGCCGCCGUCGUCCGGGGACCUGCGCAGUGUGCUGAUCACCAGUGUGCUGAACCUGGAGCAACUGGAGGUCGACCUUUUCAGGGGCCGGCACCACUGGGUGCCCGCUACACAGCGCCUCUUCGGCGGGCAGAUCGUGGGGCAGGCUCUGGUGGCGGCAGCCCAUGCCGUGAGACGCGACGAGCAGGUGCACUCGCUGCAUUGCUACUUCGUGCGGACAGGGGACCCCAAAGUGCCGGUACUGUACGAGGUGGAGCGGACCCGUACAGGGAAGAGUUUCUCUGUUCGCUCCAUAAAGGCCAUCCAGCAUGGACAGCCGAUCUUCACCUGCCAGGCCUCCUUCCAGCUCUCCCAGGGAAGCCCAGUGCAGCACCAGUUCACCAUGCCGACCGUGCCACCCCCCGAGGAGCUGCUGACACAGGAGGAGCUCAUCCAGAAGUUCCUGCAGAAUCCUAAUGUGGCUGAGGGAUACAGGAAGCGUCUCACCAAGAUCCAAGCUCAAGAUGUGCCAAUUGACAUUAAACCUGUGAACCCACCAGAUAUAUUCAGCUCAGAGCCUCAGGAGGCAAAGCAGCUCUUCUGGGUGCGAGCACGAGGCUACAUAGGGGAGACUGACAUGAAGGUGCACUGCUGUGUGGCUGCCUACAUCUCUGACUAUGCCUUCCUGGGCACGGCCCUGCUCCCGCACCGGCAGUACCGCAUCAAGUUCAUGGUGUCCCUUGACCAUUCCAUGUGGUUCCAUGCGCCCUUCAGAGCUGACCACUGGAUGCUUUAUGAGUGUGAGAGCCCCUGGGCUGGUGGGUGCCGGGGCUUGGUGCAGGGACGGCUGUGGCGCAGGGACGGGGUCCUGGCUGUCACCUGCGCACAGGAAGGUGUCAUCAGGGUGGAACAGACACAAAACCAGAGCAAGCUCUAGCUGAGGAGACCUUGAUGCCACUCAGACUGGGCUCAGGCAUGCCGAGGGAGGGACCCUGAGAUCGAGAUAGGACCUGGACAGGAACAGGAAGGAGACCAUGUAGGAUCAAGCACUGCAGGAAGGCCCAGUGUCAGAGGUGUCUGCGACAGACAGUGACCAACAGAGCAUCGCUGCAACCAGCUGCUAGCUGCACAUUAUGUAACUGCACCGUGCCAUCAGCUAUCCUUCACCCAUCUUAAAAUAAAGCUGGUGGGUGAAGAGCUGGACUCUCUCCCUGGAGUUUGUCCCUUGGACCCAUGACUAUGCUUCCACAAGGGCGGGCAGUGCCAGGAGCACAGUAGAUCAGCUCUGCCCCCACAGCAGGCCAGGUCACAAUAAGGGAAGGUGCUACUUUGGCAAACGUUGCUUCCUCUUCUCACUUCUGCACUGCUUGUGCCCUGGCUCUUCAGUUGCUGCUUCUGCUUGCUCUUGGGCUCCUCUCCAGGACUGGGCUUGGGCCCAGCUGGGAACUGGGAGAAGGGAAUAAGGCAGCUCCCACCACUGUGUGGAGGCUUGAAGCUUCUCACUGAUGGUGCCCUGGGGUAGUGGGGCUGAACAGACACAGCAGGCGCCUUGCUCUUCUUCC